CUCUUGUUCAAUCUGUGGUAAAGGUUUUAGACAAAGUAUCAAUUUGAAAGUACACAUGAGAACACACACUGGUGAAAAACGUUUUUCCUGUUCAACCUGUGGUAAAGGUUUUACACAAAGUCAGAGUUUGAAAAUACAUAUUAGAACACACACUAGAGAAAAACCUUUUUCUUGUUCACUCUGUAGUAAAGGUUUUACACAAAGUAUCAAUUUGAAGGUACACAUGAGAACACACACCAGUGAAAAACCUUUUUCCUGUUCAAUCUGUGGUAAAGGUUUUAGAGAAAGUCAACAUUUGAAAAGACACAUGAGAACACACACUGGUGAAAAACCUUUUUCAUGUUCAAACUGCGGUAAACAUUUUACUCAGAGGCCAGAUUUAAAAGUACACAUGAGAACACACACUGGAGAAAAACCUUUUUCAUGUUCUAUCUGUGGUAAAGGUUUUACAAGAAGUCAACAUUUGAAAGUACACAUGAGAACACACACUGGAGAAAAACCUUUUUCAUGUUCAAUCUGCGGUAAAGAUUUUACUCGAAGGGAAAAUUUCAAAAAGCACAUGAGAAUACACACUGGAGAAAAACCUUUUCCUGUUCAAUCUGCAGUAAAUAUUUUGCGCAACGACACUAUUUGAAAGAACACGUGAGAACACACACUGGAGAAAAACCUUUUACAUGUUCAGUAUGUUGUAAAAGUUUUUUACAAAGUCAGCAUUUGAAAAGACACACGAGAAGACACCCAGGAGAGAAAGUGUUGAGUUGCAGUGUGUGUGG